UGCAGUUCGACUACUAAAGGAACUGACGUCACAAUACAGUUGUUGCAAACAUGGCGUCCGUGACAACAGGCACAUCAGAGUGGAUUCAGUUUUUUAAAGAUGCAGGUAUCCCUGCUAGUCUGGCUGUCACAUAUGCAGUUUCCUUUGUGGAUCACCGAAUCCAAAAGAACAUGCUAAUGGACCUUAGUAAAGACAUCAUGAUGGACCUCGGCAUUACUGUCAUAGGAGACAUCAUUGCCAUCCUUAAACACGCCAAGCAGGUCUAUAGACAGGAUAUGUGCAAAAUGGCUACGGAAGCUAUCUCCUCAGGACAGACGAGUGUUCAAGCUGAGCUCAGAAAAACAGCUAAUACUCCUGCUACCCGCAUGAUAGCCAAUGCCCUGAGCCAUGAAUCCCCACCAGCCACCCCCGCUCGCAGACCCGACAACCGCCUCUGUGUUACGGUUUCCAACACACAAGCAAAUAAGAACAACAAAGCAGUUGUAAGUCAGCCUGCUGAUGAGGGGAAUGGCCUGCCAGCAGGGAAGCGUCGGCGGGUGACAGCUGAAAUGGAAGGCAAGUACAUCAUCAACAUGCCCCAGGGGACCACUCCCCGCACACGCCGACUCCUGGCCCAACAGGCCAAGAAAGGUUUAAAACGUACCUCUGUGUUUGAACGACUUGGAGCUGAGUCGAAGGCAGACACAACAAACAGCAACAGCAAGCAGCCCACUGGUGUUUUCAGUCGCCUCGACGGAGGGGAAACCGUGGUCGCUCUGAAUCCAGGAGCCGUGGCUGAAAACAUAGGAGAUGCGGAUGACAGUGAUGGCGAAGGCUCUGUCCUCCAGUACGCUGGUGUCCUCAAGAAAUUGUCUCCGUCGCAGAAGAAGAAGCCAUUCAAAAAAGCCGCCCCAACCACCCUGCGGCGCCUAGGAGCCAAAUUCAAGCUUUCUUCUUCUGACGCACCCACAUCUUCUUCCACCUCCUCCACCCUGAACGGGCUACCGCCGGCCAAGAUCAGCGUCCUCCAGAGACUGGGCAAGGUCCCAGUCACGAGCGCUGCAGCGGCUCCAACACCUGCUGACACGCAGGACAACAGGGUGACCAGCACCAAACCGAGAGUGCAGGACAGAUCGGCUCUAGCAAACUCAAAGGUUAGCAGCAGCACAGGGGCGGGGGGAACAGGAGGAGAUGCUGGAGGAGCUCAGAUGGACAUCAAGGCUGUCAGUGUUUUUAAGAGACUGGGAAGCAAGAGAACCUAACAACUAAAAAUGAUCCUCUUUCUAGAGAUCUUUGUCUGCAUUGCCACCUUUUCACAUUUUUCAAGAGACUAACCUCAAAUAGGUGUGAACUGGAUUCACCCCCCACCCCCAUUUGCCUUAUAGCAACUACCUGUUCCAUCCAUCCACCCAUCCACCCACCAGCCAGCAACAAAAACACACAAUUUAAUCAAGCUGCCAUAAAAAAGUUACUUUGAACUCUCACUGUGUUUUGUGUUGCCCAACCCUAAAGCUGCUUAAGUGUUUUCAUGAUCAAAUGUGUAGUGUCUUAUAUACACGUGUGCUUACUGUAGGAGCAUGAAACCACCACAUUUUUAGGAAAAGAAAAAACUGCAUUAACAUGACAUGUAAGGAGCCUGCUGCCUAAACCUUUGUGAGUACAACCAAGUUGUGUAAAGUGGUCCUUCUCUAAGACAUGUUCUCCUAGA